AUGACACAAAUGGCUCAGGAAGAGAUUGUCUCGAAUACCAAAACGGUAAUGCAGGGCCUAGAAGCGCUGCGCGUGGAGCAUGUCACACUAAUGAAUAACUUAGCGGAGGGCAGCAAAACCGAUCCAGAUAAAAUGGAAAUCGUAAAGAAAAAUAUGGAGAACAUCGAGCUCGGUCUUAGCGAAGCGCAAGUCAUCGUGAUGCUGUUUGCUCAUCUGCAAAACAUCGAAGCCGAAAAGCAAAAAUUACGAACGCAAGUGAAACGGCUGUGUCAGGAAAAUGUAUGGUUGCGUGACGAGCUGGCCAUCACGCAGCAAAAGCUGCAGGCAUCGGAACAAAGCGUUGCACAGUUGGAAGAAGAGAAGAAACAUCUAGAGUUCAUGGCGUCCGUGAAAAAGUACGAUGAAAUACAAGAAAAUGAAGAUAAUUUGGAAAAGUCUCGCACCGAUCCGGUGGUGGAACUGUUUCCGGAGGAUGAAGCAGAAGAACGCAACAACAUGUCACCAACGCCACCGAAUCAAUUUGCUAAUCAUGCAAAUGCCGGCUACGAAAUACCGGCCAGAUUGCGAACGCUACACAAUCUGGUGAUACAGUACGCAUCGCAGGGACGGUACGAAGUGGCCGUACCGUUGUGUAAGCAAGCACUGGAAGAUCUCGAGAAAACAAGUGGGCAUGAUCAUCCAGAUGUGGCCACAAUGUUGAACAUUUUGGCGUUAGUUUACAGAGACCAGAACAAGUAUAAGGAGGCAGCCAAUCUACUGAACGAUGCUCUUACGAUUCGCGAGAAAACUCUUGGGGAAAAUCAUCCGGCCGUAGCUGCUACGUUAAACAAUUUAGCCGUUUUGUAUGGUAAACGGGGCAAAUACAAAGAUGCGGAACCGCUUUGCAAACGAGCGCUAGAAAUUCGGGAGAACGUGCUCGGCAAAUCGCAUCCCGACGUGGCCAAGCAAUUGAAUAACUUAGCACUUCUUUGUCAGAACCAGGCAAAGUAUGAAGAAGUGGAAAUGUAUUACAAGCGAGCCUUGGAAAUUUACGAGAUGAAGCUAGGUGGCGACGAUCCAAAUGUCGCGAAAACUCUCAACAAUCUUGCCAGUUGCUACUUGAAACAAGGCAAAUACAAGGAAGCAGAAAUGCUAUACAAAGAGGUGCUAACGCGAGCACACGAGCGGGAAUUUGGUGCAAUUAAUGGUGAAAACAAACCAAUAUGGCAGGUGGCCGAAGAGCGCGAGGAGAAUAAACUGAAGAAUCGAGAAAAUACACCGUACGGCGAAUAUGGUGGAUGGCAUAAGGCCGCGAAGGUGGACUCGCCCACCGUUACUACGACCUUGAAAAAUCUCGGUGCUCUAUAUAGAAGACAGGGCAAGUACGAAGCCGCAGAUACGUUGGAAGAUUGUGCUCUACGAAGCAAGAAAGAGGCAUUGGAUUUGGUGAAACAGUCGAAAGUGCUCGGUGUAUCGGACGAUAACAAGCGCCAGAAGAGCGGCAACAGCAAAGAUGAUAAUGAUGAUCACAACAAACGUGUGCACAAAUAAUUGAUGUUACGCGCUGACACUGCACAUUUUAAAUGCUAAUAUAGCAGAACGAUUUAUAAUAGCCGGUUUAAACAUUAAGCAAAGUGACAGAAUACUUAGCAGUUAACAGUACGCUGAAGAAGGUGCAGCAAUUUUCCAUUCCUAAAAGCUGAUGGACCUUCAGUCCAACAUCUCAGUGGUCGCUUAUUCAUGUUACUAGUGUUUUAUAGUUUUGUUUUUUUUUCGUUUUGUAUUUCAAAUAAUUUCGAAAACGACUUCAAUUUCUGUUAGUUUCUUUUUGUGUCAUCCUCUCUCGUUCUCUCCACUUGUCUCAUUAUUUCUCCACAAUGAAUUGCCCAUGAGUACUAUUUUUAAAAAUGUUGAAAUUUAUGCAUCAAAUUUCAAGCUAGAACAACACUUUUAAGCACGUUAAUUGCAUGACAAUAUCCAUUUGGUCAUCCACCACGUGCUUUUCGGAUCAGUACAUAUCGAUUGAUUUGGCGUGGAUGGAUAAUCUUCAUAAACAAGUUUUUUUUUCAGGCAGAAGAUACUUCUAAUGAGCGAUUGUGGUUUUAUUAUGCUUAAAUAAGCACUAAACACUUUGUUGUAGUUUGAAAUGCUAACAAUCUACAAGUAAAACUAUAUCCGCAGGAAAAUAGAAAAAUAAAUGCAAAUAAACGGUUCCCAUUAAUUUAAACAUUAUCUUUCGGCAAUUGAACGGGAACAAGCAAACUUAAUAUCAAGAUAGGAAUGAUUGUGUUGAAAAGAAAACAACUAUAAAUAAUAAGAGACAUUUCGAGAAACAGGGAGAGAAUGAAAGGGGAUGAAUAAAAAAGAGCGAGAAUCUGAUUUUUUGGAAGGAAUUGUUCUAUUUAUCAAACAUGACGCAGAAGAGCAAAGCAGAUAGAUAACUACGCUUUUGAUAAUAAAACAAAAAUGCAUACCGAUUAUUUAAUCAUUUCCAAAGUAAUCUGUAAGACAUAGAAAUGCUUAUAAAACAAUAUGACAUACCUUUUUGCUUGUGUUUUUCGCCUAAACGGAGUUCUAAAAAAUAA